CACUACCGGGCCGCGCUCAAAAUCGAAGAGCACAGUCAGCAUGGCUGGUUGAACGCCGCGAUCUGCGGCAACGCAGCCGCUGCCGCGACCCCGCCAACAGGCCUGCCGCGCUACCCCGCCAUGCUGUCGGCGGCACCAGGCUGAUGUCACUGCCUGAUCCCCGUCGCAAACCAACUCGCGCUCAACAACACCGUUACCCUACCGACCGGAAUACAAGCAUCUGCGCUCCGAGGGACUUCACCGAUCGAGUCGCGCAUACACGGUACCUCUCCCGAACUGCACCAUGCCUCGCAGCUACAAAAAGACAGACCUCUUCGGCGGAGCUCUGGUAUGCGACCUGCCGGAGAACUUCGCCGACGUGAGCACGAUCCGCAAAGUCCCGGAUAACCAAGAGGUCUACCUCGACAAGGACGGCUUUACCUCCAUCAUCUUCGACAUCACUGAGCGCGUCGAGAGCUCCGGCGACGAUCCGCUCGAGCGCGACGGCCGCGCCCUCACCAUCCACCUGGAAGACAUAGUGGGCGACGACGCCGACACAGUCAAGGUCUGGAACACGACCGAGACGCAGUUCACUCACCUCGACGAGCGCAUACCCGUGUACACGCUGAUCGCGACGCAAACGCCGCGGAAGGAGAAGGACGACGAGUCGCGGCGGCCGGCGUCGGCGCCCGACUUCACCGCGCUGAUCCUCACGCUGCUGCGGCUCGAGAAGCAGCGCACCGACGUGCUGAUCACCAUCAACGUCCCGCACAUCAAGGGCGAGUACGACGAGGAGGAGGUCGACCUGGCGCUGGGCAAGCAGGGCGAGCUCAUCGGCGACGCGGUCGAGUACGCGGCCAAGAUAUGGACCUCGUUCGAGGUGCGGGAUUGGAAUCUGUUCAAUGAGGUGUAGUUCUUGGGUAGCGGGGGGUAGUGGGGGGGAGGGAGGUAGCAGUGAUUUAGGGCUUCUUCUGCUUGGGGAUUGCUGAGGGGAUGGCGGUUUCAGUGGGAUGUGCCCCGGUGUGUUGAGUGUAUUGCUGGGGCGGACCUGGGCCGAGCGGGAUAGCCACAGGCGUUGCGAGGGCGAGGAUACCGGGUGAUGAGCUCAUGACCAUAACCGCAUACUCUAUUGCUUAUCAUUCUUAC